AUGGAUCAUACAAGCAAUAAUAUUAUGUUUUAUGAAAUAUGUAGACUAUGUUUGGAUGAACGAGGCUGUUGUGAUAUAUUUGACAAAAAUAAUUUACGAGAAAAUAUUUAUAAAUGCAUAGGUUUAAAAAUCUCUUUAUCGGAUACCUUGCCCCAAAAAAUAUGUGAAAAGUGCCUAGACAUUGUGAACAAAGCUCUAGAACUUCGAAAAAUUGCCAUUAAGAAUGAUAGACAUUUAAAAUCCUUGUUUUAUAUUGCAGAUGAUAUAUCAGAUGAUCAUGUACAGAAACCAGAACAAAUAGUAAAUAGUCCACAUAUUGAUGGAAGUAAAGAUUCUAGUCAAAAACAUCCAGCUAUUCAAACAUUUAUAAAAGUGAGAAAAGAUCUAUUUGAAUCAUCUUACGUAUUACCACAGGAUGAAUCGGACGAAGAAAUUUCACAAGUGGAUAAUUCUCAAAAAGAAAAAUCUGAAGUAGGAAGCUCGCAGGAUGUGCAAGUGAAAUUAUUGAUUCAAGAAAAGACACAGUACAAAUGUGAUGAAUGUAAAAAAGUGUUUGACAGAAGAAAAAAGCUGUAUCUACACUCUCGUCUCCACAACAAAAACCUUCCUUGCCCUACACGAGAGUGUAAGAAAAAGUUUGCAACUAAAGGAGAUUUGGAAAAACAUAUACGGACUCACACCGGGGAAAAACCGUACAAAUGUGAUAUAUGUGACAAGGGUUUUGCUCAACGAGGGAGUUUAAAGGCUCAUAAGGAAAGUGUGCAUGCAAAUGAUAAUGGCAGUGUUAUGUCU